CUCGCCGACAGCCAAUCAGAGGCGUCCAGGUCACAGGUGCCGUGUUUGUAGCGGAAGAGAAGAUGGCUGCCGCGAGGAACGGAAAGAGUGGGCUGCUGGAGAAAUGGAGGAUCGAUGAGAAACCAGUGAAGAUCGAUAAAUGGGAUGGAGCAGCUGUGAAGAACUCUCUGGACGACGCUGCUAAAAAGGUGCUGCUGGAGAAGUACGGUUACAUGGAGAACUUCGGGCUGGUGGACGGUCGUCUGCUGAUCUGCACCGUUUCCUGUCUGUUCGCCAUGUUGGCUCUGGUGUGGGACUACCUGCACCCGUUCCCCGAGUCCAGACCGGUCCUGGCCUGCUGCGUCAUCUCGUACUUCAUCAUGAUGGGCAUCCUGACUCUCUACACCUCCUACAAAGAGAAGAACAUCUUCCUGGUGGCGCUGCAGAAGGAUCCAGCUGGGAUGGAUCCAGACCACAUCUGGCAGCUCUCCUCCUCCCUCAAACGGUUUGACGACCAGUACACUCUCAGAGUCUCCUUCACCGAUGGGAAGACGAAGAGUUCGAGGGAAACCGAGUUCACCAAAUCUGUGUCAGCGUUCUUCGACGAGAACGGGACGCUGGUGAUGGACCAGUUUGAAAAGUCUGUUUCCAAACUCCACGAUACCCUGGCCACGGAGAAGAAAACCAAAUAAUACAGAGGGAGGUCUGUCAGAUCACGACCACAGUUUGUUUUUCACACUGAGGGAAGAUUUUCUUCUUUUCAGUCAGUUUAAUGUUCAUUUCUUUAAAAGUUGACCUGCAGAGAGAGAAUCCAUCAGAGUCAACGAGGAGCCAGAGUUUUUUUAUUUUGGUGAUGUGAUAAAAUGUGAAACAGUUGCUGGACGUCCUGAUGACUUUAGUGAAUUUAAUGUAGAACCAAUUAAUCAAUAAAAUUCACUAAAAUGAUCAGGACAUGUGAUUCAUCUGAAUCUGUUUUUGGAAAAAGAAACGUGACUUAACUCUUCAGCACCAGAAUGUCAGUGAACGCAGCACCACAUCAUGAUGACCUUACUGACUUUAUCAAUAAUAGAUCAUGAAAAUAAUUGUUAGUUGCAGUGAAAUGGAGACACCUGCUGGUGAUGUGUGGUAUCACCUCGAUGUGAUGUCACAACCAAUGAAAAUCCUGUUUCCUGGUUCAGGUUCUCUGAGUCUCUCCUGUUCUCCAGAUGCUUGAGUGCUGAGUCUAUUCAGUCAUUCUACUGUUUUCACUGUGAUGAGGAAGAGAAAAGGAAAUGGUAGUGGGAAAAAAGUUUGACCUAGUGGGUGCUAACGUUAGCCAGCUAACCUAGUUAACGUUAGCACUGGCUAGUAAAAGCAGGACCCUGAUAUAAGCUCUGGGUUUUACAGGGUGUUUCUUGUUAUGAGCCACAUCUUCAGUCCUUUUCUGUGCUGCUCCAAAAAUAGCUAAAAUAGCUAGCUAAGCUAAUCUAUUUUCACCAUAGCUAGCUAAGACCAGCUUUGUUCUCCUCAGCUGAGCAGCACAGAAAUUAGCUGAAAACUGAAACAUGAAGAUGUGGCUCAUAACAAGAAACACUGUAAAACCCAGAGCUUAUAUCAGGCGACCUGCUUUUACCUCCUUUUAUUAGCUAGCUAACCUAGCUAAUGUUAGCACCUGCUGGUAAAAGCUGGUGCCCCUUUUAUGUGGUCUUUCAUGCUAUGAGCCAUGUCUUCGUGUUUCAGUUGUCAGUUCUUUUCUGUGCUAUUUUUACAUCUAUUUUCAUCAUAGCUGGGUGAAGACAACUUGCUAGGGGCAGCUUUAUUUGCCUUAGCUAGCUUAGCCCAGCCAAGGUGAAAACAGAUGGCCAUAUCUAAUUAUUUUUGCUAUUUUUCUGUAGCACAGAAAAUAACUGACAACUGAAACAUGAAGAUGUGGCUCAUAGCAAGAAACACCCUGUAAAACCCAGAGCUUAUAUCAGGGGCACCUGCUAACGUUAGCUAGGUUAGCUGGCUAACAUUAGCUGCAGUCAUUUCCUCUUCUCUUCCUCAUCACAGUGAAAACAGUAGAAUGACUCUGAAUAGACUCAGAACUGCAGCAUGAGAACAGGAGAGACUUAGAGAACCUGAACCAGGAAACAGGAUUUUCAUCAGACUUAACAAGAGGACUGCAUCACAGUGAGCUGCUUUUGUCUUUUGUUUGAUGCUGACAGGAAAUGAGGGAUUCAGUGCAACAAAUGCCUCCGAACUUGAACCAGUACAGUAGUUGUGGCGUCUCUCCUGGAUUCUGUCUCUGCAGGUGGAUUUUCACGGAGACAAAGUGAAACCAGAGUCCAACAGGAUGUUUGUGACAGUGGGCGUGGUCUCAGAUCAGUUUUCCUCUCAGUCACAGAAUAAAUAUUUAGACGACUUCAUCAUCAGAUGACGUUUGAAAUAUCAACUUCCUGUUUUUGUUGUGAAUCGUGUUGAAUUAAGUCGUCAUUAUUUUAUUGGACUGUUCAGGGUUUUUGAGUCAGACUGUUGUUGUGAUGAGUCUGAACUCAUCCUCACUGUUUUCCCUCAGAUCAUCGUCAUCAGCUUCUCUGCCUCAUUAGACAAAAACAUUUAAUAAAGUUCAGCAGCUCAUUGAA